AUGGAAGCCAUCGCCAAGUUUGAUUUCAGUGCUUCUGGAGAGGAUGAGUUGAGCUUCCAGGCGGGGGAUAUGCUGAAGGUUUUGAGCUCCCAGGAAGAGUGGUACAAGGCUGAGCUCCGAAGUCAAGAGGGCUAUGUCCCCAAGAACUUCAUUGAGUUCCAUGUUCCCCCCUGGUUUGAUGAAAGGAUAUCCCGCCAUGAAGCAGAGAACAUCCUCAUGAGCAAAGGAGUUGGCUCCUUCAUCGUCCGAGCCAGUCAGAACUCUCAUGGUGACUUCUCCAUCUCUGUCAGGCAUGAAGAUGAUGUGCAACACUUCAAAGUGAUGAGGGAUUCAAAGGGUAACUAUUACUUGUGGACAGAGAAAUUCCACUCGUUAAACAAGCUGGUGGACUACUACAAGACAACUUCCAUCUCCAGGCAGAAGCAGAUCUUCCUGAGGGAAAACAGCCGAGAAGAGAGGGAGAGGUGUGGUGGGAGCCUGGAACGUAUGGGCCGGGAAGGAUUCUACCUGGGUGGAGCAGCUGGAGAAGAUCAUUCUUCUAUAUCCAGGAGAUAUGUAGAUCCUAUCCCCAUACUCCCGCAGCAACAGGAUAGAUAUGGUGGGAGUCUGGACAGGAAAGAUGGGCUGCAUGGACUAAGGGAUCUUCAUAGCCAGGGAAGUGCAGCAGCUAUGCAACGGAGACACACAGACCCGCUGCACCAGCAGACACCGCGAACGCUAUGGGUCCGUGCCUUGUACGACUUUGAUGCUGUGGAACAUGACGAGCUGGGCUUCCGCAGCGGAGACAUCUUAGAGGUCCUGGACAGCUCCAACCCAUCAUGGUGGAAAGGACGUCUGCGUGGGGAACUGGGUCUCUUCCCUGCCAACUAUGUCACACCAGUGCCCCUUACUUUCUGUGAGUGGACUGUACGGAUAUACCAGAUGCCAGGAAACGAUCCUGUAAGCUUUUGUACAAACAAACCGGUGGUGAAGUUACGGGAAGCACCUAAUGACACCAAAGUUACCAGGAGGCAAAGGUACCGUGGCGCCUGCGGUAACUACGCCAGUGCCGUGUCCUGCACUGCCCUGGGCAGCCGGCCAGGCUUUGGCCUGCGCGACCCAGGCUCGCUUGCCUCUGCUCUCGUCCUUGCCUGCUCCCCAGCGCAGAGGCAGUGCUACCUGCGUGCCCUGUACACGCCGGCAGGCACAGGCUUCAGCCUGCUGUUUUGUACCCUCCCACAGCAGAAGCUGUUUUCCUUCCGGCAAAAAAAACAGCACAAAGAACCAAGGCCCUUCCCGAGUCAAUGGAGUCUCCGGACACAAGAAGUGUGGUUAAAGGGGGACGUUCUGCAGGAGUAG